GUAGGAUUUCAUACCACCCAUACCCCUUGCCAACGAAAUAGAAAUACGGAAUAAUCUUCUUUUUCACCAGUGCGUCAUACCUAGCACAGUUCCAUAAAAAGCCAUGGUAUGAUGAUGAUCAUAUCGACCAACAGCUGAAAAUUGUGAAUUUCGUAGUUCAUCCAAAUUACGAAACAAGGACGAGGCUCUAUAACAUCGCGCUUAUGAAGCUGGAGAAAAAAGUUAUUUUCAAUCAGUAUAUCAUUCCAGCCUGUUUAUGGCCUAAUGAGGAGAUGUCUGCCAAAAAGCUGUACGUUCCAUUAUAUGAAGACGAUUCCGAUAUAAUCACAAAAGAACCCUUGCUCCCGAUUGAUGCUUCAAAAUGUACUACAGCGUUAUCAUUUGCCAAACGGGCUAAUAGUUCUGAAUUAAAAGAAACAUGUGAAGAGAUCGAGAGUAUGGACAAGUGUUCGAUAUGGAAUACAAUGCAAUAUCGAGAAUGUUUACGCAUACAUUCCAAUAUUCAAGUUCCAUGA